AUGUUUGAAUCGCUUCAUAUCGAUUUCAGCCAAGAUCCUCUUUCCCAAUCUGGGAAGGGGUCGAGUCGCAGCUUUGACCCCAUGGACAUGGAUGGCGAUGAAGGUGGUGCAAAUGCAGGGUUCUCCUCGACCCAACCAGAGAUGUUGGGCGGUGGCAUGUUGAUGGACUGGGACGGUCCACAGAAUGCUGAUGUCUUUUCUUCGACCCAGCCCUUUGGGAAGAAGUUUGCCUCUCAGGAUGCAGCGAUUGCGGGCCAUCUCGAGGAUGAGCCUUCUAUGUCACAGUUCUCACAGCAACCCUCGGUGCCUGUGAGCCGAACUCAAAACGCACAAAAGUUCCAGGAUAUUAUCCCCUCGCGUUCAAUGACGCGUUUCUAUUCUGCAUGGGAACUCAAGCUUCUCGUGCCUCUCAUCUGUGAGGCCUUUCACCGACUGGGGGUUCCAGUUCCGAGUGUCCCUGCUGUUAGUGCUGGAGAUACUUCUGCCAUGAUUCGGGUGAUUGCCAAAGAUGGUAGGAUGUGUCCGCUCCAAGGUAAGGUGCUUAUUGAGUGUGUCUCAGAGGGGCUAUUUGAAGUGGAAUUCGUCAAAAUCAAAGGUGAUCCGGUUGAAUGGCGGCGUUUCUUUAAAAAGGUGGCCAUCCUCUGCAAAGAUGCCGUCUUUAGACCGGACGAGUAG